AUGGCUGAAGCAUUAAAGAGUACAGAGUGUCCAGUGUGUCUUUCUACAUUCACCGAUCCCAAGAUCCUGUCUUGUUCUCACACUUUCUGCAAGACUUGCCUGGACAACCUCUUAGAGUGCCACGGUAACUUCCAGAUCCGAUGCCCUGUCUGCAGAGCUGUCACGCAGGUCCCAAACCAAGAUGUCGGCAAACUACAGGUAAAUCUUGCUUUGAAAAGUCUGAUAGAUGACAUGAAGGGCCAACCUCAGAUUUGCACAAAUUGCAAAUCCGAUGACAAGCCCCAUGCUGUUGUCUACUGCCAAGACUGUGGCAGGUAUCUCUGCACCUCUUGUCUUCAUACGCACUCUCAAUGGGAAGGCUUUAUUGGCCAUGAAGUCAUAGCCAUGAAUGAGAUCUCAACAGGAAGGGUUUCAGUCCGUAGAUACCGCAAAUGUAGGAAUCACCCGAAAAAAGAUGAGGAUUACUUCUGUUCCACCUGCAGGAGAUUCACAUGCUUCAGAUGCGGUGUGAUGGAACAUAAAGACGAGGGACACCAGGUUGUUGAGGGAGCUGUUUAUGAAGACAAACACAUGAAGAAAAUCGAAGACCUGAAAUCAAAGGUGGACAAGAAAAGAUCAUGCUUUCAGAAGUACAUUGAUUUCCUAGAUGACCAAUGGAAGAGUGCUGACAAUGCUAAGAAACGGUGUACUAAGGACAUAAAAAAAACAUACGAUGAAGCAGUCCGACAGUUGACAGACAAGAGAGAAAGCCUACAGAGAGAAGUCAAGGAAACGACUGAAGGAGUAGAGACAGAACUGGAAAGUAUGAAGACCAAGGCUCAGAAGCGCAUCAAUCAAUUGACGACCAUUGCUGACAUGGUAACGAAAAGAACGAAGAUACCGUUAGAUAUGGAUACUCUGGCUGUACACGACACUCUGUGUGAAGAGUUACGAGAGGUGUUGGAUCAAGAUGAUCCUGACUACGAGCAGCCGAGAAAAUCAAGCAAGAAGGGGAGAAGUGUAUUUAAGAGAAACAUUGGAAAUAAUGAGCUAGGCCUUGGUAAGAUUGUUAAUGGAGUUGGAAAAUAUGAGCUAGGCCUUGGUAAGAUUAUUCUUGUAAUGAUAAAAAUAAUAGUUAGUUUUUGUUUAGUUGGUCUUGGUAUGAUUGUUAACGAAGGCCUACAUGUAGAUGAAAAGAAUGUCGUUUUGCCUACUUAUAAUAUUGUUAAUGUAAAGAACGUCGUUUUGCCUACUUAUAAUUUUGCUGAUGUAAAGAACGUUUCUUUGCCAGCUAAGAAUAGCAUGUAUGCCAUGGUUAGUACACCAGACGGUAGAAUGGCAGUAGGAAGUGGUAAAGGUGGCAUCUCCAUCUUCUCUCCUGAUGGUAAGCUUCAGCACACAGUUCUGAAGGAUGUUAAGAUUGAUGGGCUAGGGUUCCUCUCUGAUCGUCGAUGUGUUGUGAUGGAUACUUCAAACAACAUCAGAUUGUACACACCAGAGUACAUAGGGUUGAAUGUUAUUUUUAAGACUCUAAGUCCAAAUGAAGGUGGGUUUUCUGAUCUCGCUGUUGAUGGUGAUGAUCUGAUCUAUGUGAGCUACUGGAAAGCCAAGAAGAUCCAGGUAUUUUCAACAGCAGGUGGGCAAGCAGUCAGGGAGAUACCAUGCAACGGGUAUGAACCUCGGCAAAUCACUAGUUACCAUGGUUCUCUGAUCACUUCAUCAGAUGAUACUAUCAGAUUGAUAGAUAAAGAGGGUGCUGUACAACAUAAAUUAAAGAAACCGGGUAGCAACCUUUACGCUGCUGUAUCUCAAUCGAAUACAAUCCCGAUAGCCAAAGUGAAGUAUGAUGAAGGUUUGGUGAGCAUUGACGAGUAUACAAAUGAACUAAGUUACAUUCGAAACCUUGUUAGUGAUUACAAGAUUGAGCAUGCUGAGAAAAAUUGGUAUUAUCUCCAGCAGUACCGAUCAGGAGAGAUCGCUUUCUGCACCCCGGAUAGACUCUAUAUAUUCCCCUGA